AUGGCAAAAGGUAAUGUUUUAGUGGUUUCCAACAGAAUCCCUGUUACUAUCAAAAAACUAGUGGAUGAUGACAAUGGAAAGCCUCAAUACAAUUAUUCGAUGUCGUCUGGCGGUUUGGUGACUGCAUUACAGGGUCUCAAAAAUCCAUUCCAGUGGUUUGGAUGGCCAGGACUGUCUAUCGACAGUGAGGAAGGGAGACAAACAAUUGAAGAAGAUCUGAAAACCAAGUUCAAUUGCUAUCCAAUCUGGAUGAGCGAUGAGAUUGCUGAUUUACAUUAUAAUGGCUUUAGCAACUCUAUUCUAUGGCCUUUGUUCCAUUAUCAUCCAGGUGAAAUGAACUUUGAUGAGGUUGCUUGGGCUGCGUAUUUGGAAGCAAACAAGCUGUUUUGCGAAACGAUUCUCGAUAAGAUAAAGGACGGAGAUUUAGUGUGGAUUCAUGAUUAUCAUUUGAUGCUCCUCCCCUCCAUGCUCAGGGGGAAACUUGACGAGAGGGGACUUCAAAAUGUGAAAAUUGGGUUUUUCUUGCACACUCCAUUCCCUUCAAGUGAGAUUUACCGUAUUCUUCCUGUCAGAAAAGAGAUUCUCGAGGGCUUGCUGAGUUGUAACCUGAUAGGAUUCCAUACUUACGAUUAUGUGAGACAUUUCUUGAGCUCUGUGGAAAGAAUAUUGAAGCUGCCAACGAGCCCUCAAGGUGUCUUUUACAAGAACAGACAGGUUACAGUCAGCGCUUAUCCAAUCGGUAUUGAUGUUGAUAAGUUCUUGAAUGGUCUCAAAACGGAUGAGGUCAAAGACAGAAUUAAGCAACUAGAAACAAGGUUUGGUAAAGAUUGCAAGCUUUUGGUGGGAGUGGAUAGACUUGACUACAUCAAAGGAGUGCCCCAGAAGUUGCAUGCGUUCGAGAUUUUCCUUGAGAAUCAUCCAGAGUGGAUAGGCAAAGUCGUUCUCAUCCAAGUCGCAGUUCCUUCAAGGGGAGAUGUCGAAGAGUAUCAGUCUUUGAGAGCUGCAGUGAACGAGUUGGUCGGAAGAAUCAAUGGUAGAUUUGGAACUGUCGAGUUCGUGCCAAUACACUUCUUACACAAAAGUGUUGACUUUCACGAGCUCAUCUCGGUUUACGCUGCUAGCGAUGUUUGUAUCGUUUCUUCUACCAGAGACGGAAUGAAUCUGGUGAGUUACGAAUACAUCGCCUGCCAACAAGAUCGAAUGGGCUCAUUAGUUUUGAGUGAAUUUGCAGGGGCUGCUCAAUCAUUGAAUGGCGCUUUGAUUGUCAAUCCUUGGAAUACCGAGGAGUUAAGUGAAGCAAUUUACGAGGGGUUAAUCAUGAGCAAAGAAAAAAGAGAAGGAAACUUUCAAAAAAUGUUCAAAUACAUUGAGAAGUACACCGCAAGCUACUGGGGUGAAAACUUUGUCAAAGAACUCACGAAGGUUUGA